AACAACUUUAGGUUGAAAUUUACUACGAAAAUAUAUUUUAGCCACCUGGAUAUUUAUACUUUGUUUGUCGAUAAAACUAAGAACCAAUAGGAUAGGCUAAACGAAAGUGACCUGAAAUACUAGUAGAGACGCGCGGAUAGGUUGGAAGGUGUGGUUGCCUCUAGGAUUGCCUGCGUUCCAUUCGACAAAUUAAAAGGACAUGUUCUUUGACACCCGCCGACGUUACAAUCGCGGUUGGGGAGGAAGUUCUGCCAACCAAGACGACGGAGGAUUCCCAGGCGCAGUAUCUGGGUUCUUCCGUAAUUUAGGCUUUGGUGACCCAUUUGCGAAUCCAUGGGACAAACCUAGGACAACCAUACGAGAUAUAGGACCUUCAAGGCCAACAUCUAGGUUUACUAGACCCCAGGAACCACCAGCCCCUGUGGAACCUGACCAACCGCAGUCUAGAGAAGUAGCUGGAGACGGAUAUGCUGAAAUCAAAGCAAAAUGUCUUGAAGAAGGUUGCUUAUGGGAUGAUCCCGAUUUCCCAGCCGAUGAAAGAUCUCUAUAUCACGAGAAUCCCCCACAAGCCUACAACAUUGAGUGGUUGAGACCAAAGGAAAUUUGUGAUGACCCACAAAUGUUUGUCGAAGGGGCGUCACGACUGGACGUUAAUCAAGGAAUCCUUGGAGACUGUUGGCUGUUAGCGGCUGUGGCAUCCCUUGCCCAACGCAAACCACUGUUGUACAAGGUUGUGCCGAAUGAUCAAACGUUUGAUGACGGAGACUACGCGGGAAUCUUCCGCUUCCAUUUUUGGCAAUAUGGUCGGUGGAUUGAAGUUAUUAUCGACGACAGACUACCUUGUUCUAAUGGAAAACUGAUCUACAUGCAUUCUGAUGACAAAAAUGAAUUUUGGACUCCACUUUUGGAAAAGGCAUAUGCAAAGUUGAAUGGCGAUUAUGAAAGUUUGUCUGGAGGUACCACAAGUGAAGCAAUGACAGACUUUACAGGUGGGAUCACUGAUAUCGUAGACUUCGACAGACCUGAAGGAGUCCCGGAUGAUAUGUUCGAUUAUAUGCUUCAGUCAUUUGCAAGGGAGUCCCUGAUUGCCUGUUCUAUACCUGCCGAUCCAAAUGAAUUGGAAGCAAGAAUGGACAAUGGUCUAGUGAAAGGUCAUGCUUACAGUGUAACAGGAGUCAAAAAGUGUAAUUUUGCUACGGAUUACAACCAAGGAGAAGUUAACAUGGUACGAGUGAGAAACCCAUGGGGGAACGAGUGUGAAUGGAAAGGAAUGUUCAGUGAUGGAUCACCAGAAUGGGCAUGUAUACCAGAAGAUGAUAGGGCAGAAAUGGGCCUAACUUUUGAUGACGAUGGAGAAUUCUGGAUGACAUUUGACGACUUCGCUUCUAAUUUCCGCAAACUAGAACUUUGCCAUUUGGGGCCAAACAUAUUUAAUCAAGACGAGGAAACUCGAGCCAAAGUCUGGGAGAUGGAAACUAUAGAUGGCGCUUGGAAACGCCGAGUAAAUGCCGGAGGAUGUAGAAACUAUUUAGAUACAUUUUGGACGAACCCGCAAUACAGGGUUCAACUGACCGAGCCUGAUGACGAGAGUGCAGAUGGUAAUACAGGUACACUGAUACUUGGCGUGAUGCAAAAGGAACGACGUAAGCUCCGGAAACAGGGGCAAGAUAACCAUGCUAUCGGAUAUGCCAUCUAUGAGGUCCCUGAAGAGCAUUAUAGUAGCACGCUGGAUGACCCAAACUGUGCUCCUUUGGAUCUGAAUUUCUUUGCUGCAAAUGCAUCGGUGGCGAAAUCUCCCGUAUUCACGAACUUGCGAGAGGUAGCGUCUCACCAUCGACUACCACUCGGAAACUACGUCAUUGUUCCGUCCACAUUUGAUCCUCAUCUACAAGCGGAUUUUAUGAUUCGAUUCUACUUUGAGAAACCUGCAGUGGCUAACGAAAUAGAUGAAGAAACUGGAGUUGACGAAACGCCAAGAGCUGAAGAUCCCGAUGACGAAAUCAGCGAAGAUGACUUGAAUGAGCUCCGUGAGCUUUUCAAGUCAGUAUCAGGUGGAGACUACGAGGUUGAUGUGUAUGAGUUGAAGGAGAUUCUUGAUGCAAAAUUUAUGCCAGAAUUUGAAUUUGAUGGAUUUAGCAUCGAUAUGUGCAGGAGUUUGGUUGCUAUUAGAGAUGUCAGCCUGACCGGCAAGUUAAGCUACAGGGAAUUUACAGACCUUUGGAAAGAUUUGAUUUUCUGGAGGAGAGUUUUCAAGACCUACGAUGCUGAAUCCGUGGGCUACUUUAACAGCUUUCAGUUGAGACGAGCUUUCCAUGACGCAGGUAUACGAUUAAGCAACUCUACGUUCAACGCCAUUGUAAUGCGAUUUAGUGAUAGAGAAGGAAAUGUGCGAUUCAACGAUUUCAUAUCUUGCAUGGCUAGAAUAAAAACAAUGUUUGGGGCAUUCAAAGGCAAAAACAUGGGUAAUUCUGCCAGUUUCGAGCUAGAUGAGUUCAUUCAGCUUACAAUGUACUCAUAGACUGGAAGG